AUGUUCUCUCGCCUCUCUUCGCUACUGCAAUUUACGGUCCUCCUCGGGACUGCUACCGCUUCGCCGACACACGGCACUUCAACGGUUGUUCGUCCCGUCACACCUACCACGGUGUCUGUCUCGGCCUCCUCCGACUUCUCAUCAUUGCCGUCGUCAUUAUCUGCAGCCUCGUCGUCCUCGACCCUUGCGUCAACGCCAUCUCCUUCGACACCUCUUGCAACUGCGGCCUUGGAUAAAGCACAGGUCAUCGGAAUUGUCAAUGGACCAGUCACCACCUUCAACGGCAUUCCGUUCGCCGAGCCACCAGUAGGCGACCUCCGUUUCCGCUUCCCCGUACCCGUUCACGGCUACAAUGGCACGAUCAAUGCCACCCAGCCUGCAACGCAAUGCAUUCAGCUCGAGCCGCAGAUUCGUGUAGACAUGCCGCCGCAGAUGCUUCAGGAUGUAGAAGUCUACUCCACCAGCGUCCUCUCUUCGAGCUCGGCUCCACAAAGUGAAGACUGCUUGAACAUCAACGUGCAAAUACCUACUGGUACUAAGCCUGGAGCAAAGCUCCCUGUGGUUGCUUUUAUCUUCGGCGGCGGUUUCGUCGUUGGCUCGAAUGCACAGAUGCCCGGUGAUGCGGUUGUCGCCAGGUCAGUCGAAAUGGGGCAGCCCGUCAUCUAUGCUGCGAUGAACUAUCGCCUCCACGCUUUUGGCUUCCUCGGUGGCAAGGAGGUCAAGGACGCCGGCGUUGGCAACCUUGGUCUCCAUGACCAGCGCGAGGCUCUCCGCUGGAUCCAGAAGAACAUCGCCGCCUUCGGUGGUGAUCCCCAGAAGGUCACCCUCUGGGGCCCAUCCUCUGGCGCGAUCUCCUCGACGCUCCAGAUGGUCACGAAUGGUGGUAAUACUGAAGGCCUCUUCCGUGGGUCAGUCAUGAGCGCCGGCUCCACAAUCCCCACUGGGUACAUUGAAGAGCUCCAGCCGAUCUACGACCGCGUCGUUGAUGCUGCAGGGUGCAACGUUGCUGAUGACACGCUUGAGUGUCUACGCCAACUCCCCGCUGCCAACCUCACCGCGGCUGCUGGUACAAUCCCAAGUCUCUUUGGCUAUCCGGGUCUUGCUACUCCCUGGGCUCCUCGGGCGGAUGGCAAGUUCUUGACCGCGCCUCCGGAGCAUUUGGUACUUGCCAACCAGGUCGCGGACAUUCCGUUCAUCUCGGGGGACGCGCUGGACGAAGGCACGAUCUUUGCCACCGGAAGCUUCAACAUCACGACUGAGCAGCAGUUCCGUGACUACGUGCACCA